GUCACUCCAAAAUGAUUACCUUUAAAAAUGCACUGAAAAAGAAAGGGAAUUGGAUGCUAUUGACCUUGUCUACCACCUUUGAAGAGAGCUUUGUUUGAAGUAAUAUGUAGGCCUAAAUGUUUACAUGGCACUGAAAUUCAAGGUCACAGAUACAAAGACAGUUCUCCUGCAAUUACUGAUAUGUUUGAUGACUUUCUAUGCUGCAUAUUAUAUUAUUGGCAGCAUAUUCUUUGGAGUUUUCAGGCUUGAAACAUAUGAUGUUCUGAUACCUUUCGACUUCAAAACAGAACCAUCAUGUCCAAACUCAAAAUAUAUGGUCAACCUAAUUUCAAUGGAGACAACCUACUUUGUCUGUGGGCUGCUGUUUGCUGGGGUGGUUGAAGAAUGUGUAUGGGAUUAUGCCAUUACAGUGACUCUUAUUCACAUCGCUGUUACUUCAAUAGUUAUGGCUGAAUUUCCAUUAGUGUGGCAUUGGUGGUUAGCUCUAGGUUGUGCUUUGACAAUAAUGAUCUGUAGUGGACACCUUCUCGUGCAUUUUGCAUUCCAAGACAACCUAAUUUAUCCUCUUCUGGAUGACUUUUAAACAGAGAAGACAUCUCUCACAAGAGCUGCGCUUUUGAAUUGUUGCUGUGCCUUCCCUUCGAGAUUGGACUCGGUUUGAAUUUCUCAUUGGCGUAUUUGGCUCUCACAUGAAAAUGUCAGAAUGAGAAAAGGCAAUUUAAAUAAGGCAGAUCCCUCAGCCCUUUGUAUUCUGUUAGAGCGCCUGAUUAAAACAUUAAAAGAUAUUUUCUAUCCACAGCUGUUGAGAUGGAUUUAGAGUUUAUCAGCUGGGUGUAAACUGGCACUGGGACUUGUCAUCUAUUGCAGUAAUAAACCAAUUCUCAUUUACAGUCAAAUUACUAUUGAGCUAUUUCUGUAACAAGCAAUUGAUUCACAAUGGCAAUCCUAUGUUGGGUAAUAGUUUGAAAUUCUAUCACAUUAUCCCAUAGUUUUUGCUGAAUCAAGAUUGAAUUACAUGGAGGGAGCAUUGCGACACUAGGUGGCAGUUUAUUCAACAAAUUCUGUGUAAAAAGUAAGUUCUUACUUUCUGGACUAAUCGUUUCGCUUUUCUCAGUUUGUAACAAUGUCUGUGAUUGUGUGUGUGCUGUUGAUGCUUUCAAUAUUUCAUCAGCUGCUCUUGGUACGUUAAAAACUGGGAUCAUCUCCCUGGACCAUGUAUUUUUUUUUCUUAUACAAAGAUAGCAGGCAUGGUAAUGCUUAGGCUGCUUUGCUGAGCAGUUAUAAAUGUUUUCUUACAUUUGAAUCAAGAUCCAACCACCUUGCAGUUCAUGUAAACCAAAUGAGUGACACAAGUCACUUUGGUAAAGUAAUUGAUUAGAAAUAUUAUUUUAGAAUUUGUGAACUGCAGGUAGAUUUCUCAUCAGCUAAAGAGAAAACAAAGUGUAUAGUAUUGACAAGUAUAUUCAGCAAUUACUUAGAAAAAAAACGUUCACUUGGGUAUGGCCAGAUAACUAUUAUUGAUUGACUCCCCAUAUAUUCCCCACUUGAUUUUAGAACCAUAGAAUUCCUACAGUGUGGAAGCAGUCCAUUCAGCCCAUCGAGUCCACACCACCCCUCAGAAGAGCAUCCC